UUACAUUCUUUUGGAAUAAGUCACCAUAGCACUCUGCCUUUGACACGUGAAGAUAUCUAAAAUUAUAUUUGGAGUUAAAGUCGGAUGAAGUCGCAAGUUUGUUCAUUUUGUCGUAUUAACGUUGUCGAGGGGCAUCUAGCGAAAUUCUUCAGCCAGACUCAGAUUUACAGAGGGGAUAUUUAUUUGCCAAACGCGAUGUAUGGCCCAGAAGGGCAUGACAAAACCGCACCCCACUUUGGACCUGGAUGCACUGGAGACCACAGUAACGGAUAUGCAGUCGGGGAAAUAUAAGAGAAAGACUGUGAGGUAUGCUGAGUCCGACCAAUCCACUGUGCUCACACACGACCAAAUUGUCAGGAAAUUCAUAGUCCUAAUCAUGAAGGGUGGAAACAAAGAUACUGCCAGAAGAAUAAUGGACAAGACUAUGGAAGAAAUUAAAAGAAGACAAGUGCGAGAAUUUCACAGGGCCACAGAAUCUCAAAAAUUACAAAUUAUCACAGAUCCCAGGAAAAUAUUUAACCAGGCUGUCAAUAAUCUUAAACCAGUGCUUCUUGUUACCAGUGUCAAGAGGGGAGGGAUCGCUUAUCAGGUUCCUGUCCCCUGCCCAGAGAAAAGGCAGCUGUUUGAGGCAAUGAAAAUAAUCAAAGCUGCACUUGCAGAAAAAACAAAUUCCAGAAUACCUUUCCAUGAAAAGUUGGCCACCAUAAUCAUGGAUGCUGCAGAAUUCAAAGGCAAGGCUAUGGACAGGAAAAUAGAAAUCCUUAAAAAUUGUGAAAGAAACAGAGCUUAUGCUCAUUUUAAAUAGUACAUUCUAAGGAGGAAGAGACUAAAAACAAAUUCGAAAGUGGACUGACAGCUCAAGUUUAUAGUAGAAGUAAUACAAUGGAGUUGAUGAAUAAAAACACAAAGGAUUCCCAAGCUGGAAUUUUAAUUUUCUUGGAAUGAAAAUUAAAGGAGAUGUAAUUGAAUUUUUACAAAGUGUAUCCAGCUUGGAGUAAAUCUUAAGUUCUGACGUCUGUGAAAAGCGACAUGGCAUGCUUGCUCGGAAAGUUUUUUUAUAAACCAGGAGCUGGAUCCAUUAUUUAUAAUCACAUAUUAAAAAACAUUGCUACUUUUUUCUAUCAGAAAUCUGCAUUUGGGGUCUACUGGUAGUUUUCAGAAAAUGAAGUUCCUUUGUUUUUUGUUUUUUUUUAAUUAAAUACAUCAACAAAAAUACAAUUGCACAAAAUUGAUUGUGGUGCUAAAACAGAACUGCAAGCAACACAGUUCAUAUUACAAUAAUUUCACAUUCAUCAUCAAUAAAAAUGUAUAAAAACUUA